AUGUCACUCCCUACUCCUAAGCGCCAUAUGCAACAACAAAAUUUGAAUCAAGAUAUAAUCACAGAAAUGCUUAAAAGGCUGCCUAUGGAAUCUCUACUGCAAUUUAGGUGUGUUUCAAAAGUUUGGCGUGCUUUAAUAUCAUCUCCAGAAUUUGUCAAAUUGCACUUAAAUUUUCAUUCAAAAAAGGAUAUUAAGGUCAUGACAUAUAGCAGUGUAAAUCGGAUUAGCUAUAUGUCCUUGUUUUCUAUUACAGAAAACAAGCAAUCAUCAUUUCGAAAGUUUAUUACAAAUGACCGCUCGGUCUUAAUCCCUGAAGAUGGUUUUGAAUUUUUGGGUUCUUGCAAUGGGCUCUUUUGCUUUCGUGCUAAAUCGUAUCAAAUAAUGAUUUGGAACCCUUCAUUAAAUGGAAACGUCAAGACAAUCCCAGUCGUAUGGCGGUUCGGCUACAUAAGCAUAUUUGGAUUUGGAUACGACAUGCAUAAUGACGACUACAAGGUUGUUUAUGCUUAUUAUGGUGACAAUAAUGGUGAUGAUGAAUAUGUGGUUUUGGUGUAUAGUUUUAAGCUUGGGACAUGGAAAAGAUGUGAUAGAGGGUUUAGUAGUGGGUUUGUUUAUCCCAGAAUUGUUGUGUUUGUGAGUGGUAGUUGUUAG